CAGUGACUGUGGGUUCCAUGUUGAACCAUACAUAAGAAAUCCAGCGCUCAACCCAUGAAAACUACUGGUCUGCCAUUAGCGGACGGCUGCCCUGCAUAGGCUUCCGCGGGAGUGAUGGUAAACAAUGCACCCCUCAUCCUUUCUAUCGUAGAUCACCUCAGUCCCGAUUUUGCACAACGGUCGUUGUCAAGGGCCCGGGUUUCCUCUGAUCUAUGCCUACCUGCACGUUUGCCUACUACAGGUUUUCUGCAGCGAGAGGCCGAACAGAAUGCACCGAAGGCGGUGUUGAGGCAGUUACGACGCAGUCCCACACCACCCAGUCCAACUACCGAAUACCAUGAUGCGACAGAGGGUACCUCACCUCACGCCUGGAGAAGGGGAAGUGUAUCUUCAGACUCAGACCAAACCUCUCCGGCACAGUCUUUGUUUACGUUUUCCAGAAGUCAAGCCUCAGGGGGUUGGAAAGAGCCUCAACCAUUUGAAGUAUUUCGUGCUAUCGAGCGCAAGGAUAUCAUGUUUUUGAUGGAAGUUCGCGAUCGUGCUUUCCCUCUACUACUUCGCAAAACCGGGGAUGCUACCCCUCUUCUUCACGCUAUGCGUAUCGGACAGUCUCACCGUGACGUUGCUAUCUUGUUGCUCGGAGCGUUCUCCCGUUGGAUCAAUCAUUUAGAAGACAGCGAGAUUGGUCUCCCACGGACAAGAGUGAUCCUCAAGGCUUUGCGAACAAAUCUCAAGCUCGGCAUAGAUUAUGGACUCUAUAAAUCUCAGAGCGAUCUCGUAGCAUCUUUUAUGCAAACACUGGUUAUGAGCGAGGGAGAAAAGUGGAUUCGUGCACAGGUAUCGUCGAUGUCUCUGGCCUUGAGAUCUGGCAAUGCUGGAAAACCUGUUUCCACCGCUGAGGCAGCGGUGCGGAAAUUCGCCACUAAAGAACUAAGUAAGGCAGAUGCAAUCGCUGCCUUGGAGGAUUAUGUGGCAAAUGCUACAACUGACCUUCUACUUCUUGGCGCUUGGGCGAUCGCAUUGGAAGCUAUUGAAGGGGAAGCGAUACCGGUCUAUUAUUUUGCACGAGACGACAGAGUUUUUAGGGCUUUCAUGGACAGAGUAAAUACCCACCAAGCUGCCAUUCGUCGCACACUUAGCCGGCGCCUGAAGUGGCAAUUCCGCGUGCUGCAGAAUGUGCUGGAAGGGAGAAAUACAACUUAUCGGAGAAAAGUGGAAAUUUUGACCGAAGAAUUGGAUGAUGGAGAUGGAGUGUAGUUUCUGCGGAUGGACAUAAACUUGAUUACACUCUACACUCAGGUAUUGUUUCGUUUAGCGUCCGUGUCUACCCUGUUAUGUGCAAUUUACUACUGGUGAACAUUCCGCAGUUUUCUCCAUGCUAUCUGCUCGUACAAGGUGCCCUCGGGAUACAAGACCACAUCCUGGUUGGGGCGUAUCGUCGAGCAAAUAUGAAACAUGAAUCUUCUCGGAAUAUGCGUUGCUCUUGUCCACGACGAACAACAUCGCUGAAU